UGUGGCAAAAAUACCAGGGUAUGAGCUGAAGAAGUAGAGCAGUCAAGAUGGCGACUUCCAUAUGCAGGACAUUUGUAAAUCUUCAUCGAAUAUCUGCUUGCAAUUUAAAGGGUCCAGAGUUCGGCACACUGCUACAGACGGGAUGCGCUCUCCCCGUGGUCACCCAGAUCCGUACCAAGAAGCGAUACUUCAUCCCUCCCAAGGCUACCGCCAGGCAGAUGACGCAGAAGGAGCAGGAGAACAAGGCGCGAGCGGCAGGGCUGGUUAUCGGCCAACAGUACAUGGAGAGAUCCAUCAAUAUCUCCUGCACAGCGGGUGUAUUCGACGCAUAUAUCCCUCCUGAGGGGGAUGCACGUCUGUCCAGCCUCUCCAAGGAGGGCCUGAAGCAGAGAACAGAGCAAAUCAAACAGACCGCCGCCUCCCAGUUAGCGAUUCGCAAAAUCAAGGAACAUGAUACUGAAUUCACAUCAAAAGACUUUGCUGUGAAAGCGCAGGAGAUCUUCAUUGAAGCCCACGAAGCACUUACAAACUUCAACAAGGUGAAACUCCACACCUUGGUGACAGAAAGAUGUUACCCUGAAAUGGUGCGUGGUAACCGCUACAAGACGCUGCGCUGGCGCUUUGUGGAGUCGCUGGAGCCGCCCAGGGUGGUGCAUGCCCGCUGCCCCGACAUGGUCAGCAAGGGCAACCUCUACGCCCAGGUCACCGUACGCAUGCACUCCCGACAGGCGCUUGCCAUCUAUGACCGUUUUGGGCGUCUGAUGAGCGGCGACGAGGAGGAUCCCCGUGACGUGCUGGAGUACCUGGUGAUCGAGAGGCACCUCGUCAACCCCUACGGCAGGUGGAGGCUCCACGGCAAGAUCGUGCCGGCAUGGGCACCGCCAAAGGAGCCUGUACACAAGACUGCCCUGAUCCCCGGACCCAAGCUGAAGCCAGAGGAGGAGUAUACAGAGCUCAACUACCAGAUCCCCAAGCCCAAACCUGUGCAGUGGUACAAGUAGACCAGCAAGGGGCGCUGUUCACCAGGUCAAAACAGCAACAUACCCAGACUGAAUAUCACAUGCUCCCCCCUGUCCUCCAGAUUUUUUUAUAAA